AUGCCGCCAUUCAGCGAAGCCGACACCAAAGUCUACCGCAGAGAUGUCGCCUCAGGCGGUCGAGUUCUCUCAGCUGCAGAGCGCGAGAGGCUCUUGCAACCCUAUCUCCCUCCUCCGCCGCCCUCAGAAUCGUCGCAGGCGGGCUCACAACCGCCCAACAAUAACACCUCUCAACGCCAAAAAUCCAGAAGACACCACCGGCCAAGGGUGCGGCCUUUCCUGAAGGCGAAGCUGUAUUUGCUCAUCUUCUUCCUCAUUCAGCUCAUCUUCGGCAUCUACAUCCGCCUGCGUCAGAUCUACAACGCAACGGUCUACCGCCUGCUCGGCAUCAGGCACCAUCACCAUCGCACCCCGGAAUACAUUCAGAAGGACGUCAAAAACCUCGACCGCAUACCAGAACACCUGAGCGUGAUACUGAAGUUCAAGUCGGAGGAGGAUGGCGGACUGGAAGCACUGAUGGACGAGGUCGCCGAGCUCUGCGCCUGGUCCGCAGCGGCUGGGAUCCCGCUGCUGAGCGUCUACGAGAAGUCGGGGAUAUUGAAGACAUACAUGGCGUCGCUGCAGGAGCUGGUGAAGCAGAAGCUCUCAUCCUACUUCGGGACACCGCCCGCGGCGCCGUCGUUGAGGAUGUUUGCGCCCAACCAUUCCUCCGUGAGCAGCCCAUCGCGGACACCUUCACCGCAACCACCGGCAGUGGCACAAUCAGCAGCCGAUGGACCCUACAGCGACAAGCGGCGCCCUCACCUAGACCUCCUCCUGCUGUCCGCUACAGACGGGCGAGACACGCUGGUCGACCUGACCAGGACGCUGGCCGAGAUGGCGCAGGCCCAAAAGCUCCGUCCCAAGGACAUAACCUCGAACCUCAUCAACACGGAAAUCAGCGCGACCACGGCGACCCCGGACGCGCGGCUCACGAUCGGCGACAACAGACCCGCCGGGAAGGAGGUCGGAGCAGGAGAACCAGACCUGGUCAUCGUCUUUGGCCCCGUCGUGAAGCUCGACGGCUACCCGCCGUGGCAGAUUCGGCUGAGCGAGAUCUUCUGCGUGGGCGACUCCGGCGGCGAUGUCUCUGGAAGCGGCAGUACGAGGGUCGAGUAUCAAGCCUUCCUCAGGGCGCUGUGGAAAUAUGCCGGUGCGAAUUUCAACUUUGGGAGGUGA